AUGGCCACACAAACAUUGGCCUCAACAUGGUCUCCAACAAGCUGCCCAGCAUCAACUGAUCUUUGGGAGAUUUACGUCACCACCAGUGCUGUUUUCUUUCUCCUGGGCCCUCUGAUGGCAACCUCCGAGUGCGCACCCUCUGGCUAUAACCCGACAGUACCAUAUUAUGCCGCAUCCUGUCCGACUGGCUAUACUUCCGCCUGUGCAAAUGGUCUUGACGAUGCGACAACCGUCUGCUGCCCAACCGCGCGUGCCAUGACAUGUGCAUCCAGUGCAAAGGUAUACAGCUCACUCACCCUAAGCUGCGAAGAGAGGUUUUCGAGCUCGUAUACUGCAGAGGUCACCACGACCUCGGUUUUUGUCACAACCGGUGAGACGGGGACUGCAACGGUCGUUUUAACACCUGAUUUCGAUGCGGUCAACGCGUUUGGACUGGAAUACGUUCCGGUGACUUCUACGAGCAGUAGCUCAUCCACAGCAGAAGCGACCAUAACCUCGACAAUCACUUCUUCCUCAUCUACAGCGACAGCCACCUCUAUAACCCCAACUACUGCGGAUAAGACUUCUGGCACCAGCCUUUCUACCGGUGCAAUCGUCGGCAUUGUAGUCGCAGCUGUCGCUUUCGUUGCCAUCAUCGCUCUGGUUUGGAAUCGCUCAAAGAUCACUGCAUGGAUCCACCGUCAUACUGCUCCACAGACAGAUCAGAAGGAACGAAUAAUAUAUUCAAAUUCCUUCCAGGAAGGCUCGGGACAGCAAUUUACCGCAUAUCAUACAACAAGCAUGGUUCGGCCCACAGAGCUAGACUCAGCAUGGGGACCAUCGGAGCUGUCAUCGACGCCACAGAUUGUAGAGAAGGGCUGA